GUUUUUUUUGAGAAAAGUCUGCAACUCGAAAAAAUUAUAACCUCAAAUAGUAGUUAUAUUAUUGAAGUUGGAAAUUUUUACAAUUAAUAAUAAUAAUCCUAAAUAAAUCAAGUGAUUUUACGAAUAAAUGUUGUAAAUUUCAUUCUUAUUUUUUACAGUGUGCAUGGCAUUAAUAUAAGAUAAAAAAAAAUGUAUCAAAAGAAUACUCCGCCUUUAUCACCUGAUAUGGAACAGGAGAUUGAUGAAAAUGAUGUAGUAUAUUUCGAAGAUUUAGUAGAAAUAAAUGAUGUCGAAGAUUUAGAAAUGGAGAAUAUGGAUGAAAAUGAAGAAGCCGAAGAAAACAAUAAAGAAGUUCCAGAAAGAGAUGAUGCUCUUUGCAUAUUUUCCGGACACACUGGACCUGUAUUUUGUGGGGCUUUAAGUAAAGAUGAAAAUUUAGCAGCAACUGGUGCUGAAGAUGACAAAGCAUUCAUUUGGAAUACAGUCUCCGGUGAUAUAUUAUUUGAAUGUACAGGACAUACAGAUAGUGUGACAUUUGCUGAUUUUAAUUAUGAUGACUCAUUUUUGGCAACUGGCGAUAUGAAUGGAAUUGUUCAAAUUUGGAAAGUCAACGAGAAACAAUGUGUUUGGAAUUUUGACAUGGGAGAUAUGAGUUGGAUGCAGUGGCAUUUUGCAGCUAAUGUUUUGCUUGCCGGAUCAGUUCAAGGUGAAAUUUAUAUGUGGAAAAUACCAGAUGGAGAUUGUAGAAUUUUACCUGGAAGUGGAUCCGGAGUGGAAACUGGAAUUUUAUUACCAGACGGUAAAAGACUUGCUGUGGGAUAUGGGGAUGGAACGAUACGCAUUGUAGAUUUAAAAUCUAAUUCUGUACUUUUCACUGUCACGCAAAAUUUAGGACAUACACAAAAAGUAAUUGCUUUAGAUUGUUACGUUGACAAUAAUUUAAUUAUUUCCGCUGGUAUGGAUGGAAAAACAAUCAUUAGUUCUUCACAAACUGGAAAGGUUUUAAACGUCCUUCAAGAUUUACAAGGAGGUGGUAAUUCAAAUGAGGAAGACGAUGGAAAUUCAAUGGAAGAAAAUCAAGGUAACUGGGCAGAAGCAGUGGCGUUUUAUAAAGAUCCCGAGCAUCAAAUUGCAGCAACUGGAACUAUAAAUGGGGAAAUUUUCAUUUGGGAUAUUGCCAAAAAAAUGGUUAGACACAAAAUUGAACAGAAAAGUGGAAUUAGUAAAUUAUUAUGGAAAGAAGGGACUGCUUUACUUUUUGCUGCAAGUUUAGAUGGAAUAUUAAGAGUGUUCGAUGGUAAAUCAGGUGAAUGCGUUCGAUUAUUUAUCAGUCAUAGUGCAGAUAUCUUCGACUUGUGUUUAUCGAGGAACGGAAAGAAAGUUUUAACAACGUCCGAAGAUAAAACAGCGAGAAUUUUUGAAAUCGAUAUACAUUAAUUUUAACGAAUUAUUAACAACGCAGAAGUUUAGGCAAAUUUCAGCCAUUUAUAAAAGUCUAUUUAUUACUUGUUAAGUUUAGAAAUUAUGCAAUAGAUCAAUUAAAAGGAAUAAUACAAUUAAUUAGAGAAAGUAUCAAACAAUUUAUUAGCUAAGAUACUUCAACAAUCAACAGUUUUACAAAAAAAAUAUUUUACAGCUUUUUUUUUUUACUAUAUACUAUAUACAGAAAAAAAUAAAUCACAAUUUAUAGGAGA